CCCAAACCCACCAUACCCCCUAACCUGUUCUGUGUCAAUAGUUCUCUUCAACAUGUUUGUUAGCACAUCUUUUAUUCAGACUAAGCACCACCAAUGCCGUUUCUAGCUUAAUAACAUUUUAUUCUUCUUUAUGAUGGUUAUCUCUGACUUGGAUGUCCAUUUGGAUCACUUCCUCAAAUCAGCAGCAAGUGCGAAGAUCUCCUCUCCCUUCCCUAAAUCAACCCUUCUUAGCAUUCUUGCGCAACUGACAGCAUCAUCAAAGUGCAGGAAAGGUGUGGCAGAAUUGACAAUGGCACUCUCAGGCCUACUUUGGGAUGAUAUGGUAGCCGGCCCUGAAACACAGAGGUUUGCUGUUCCUUAUGCUCAAUGAACCUAGAAGUUGUCCGAGGAAGCUGAAGGAGUGGAUUCAUUUGGCAAUUAGGUUUGUUUAUGCGCCUUCUUUAUCAAUGAAUAUGAAGUUAAAAUGUCAAAUAAGCAUCCAGAAGCUUGAAUGUUUUGAAUGUUUAAUUGAUUCAGCAGAGCAGUUUUUCUGUGCUGCAUUGUUGCAUAUAUUUAGAAUGGCCCCAUUAUGGUUUAUAUCUGGUUAUGGCCGGAAAUAGAUGCAGAUUUGGAAU